GCAAGCAGCGAGCUCCUGCAGGCUGACACUGCAGGCUGAAACAGUGGCAGAAGCCCAGCCGCUCCACUCCUGAGCAGGAAGGAGGAAGGCAGGCCUCUCGGGAGGUUUUUGCAAAUUGCAAGAAAAAGGGAGGCCCCCCCCACCAGGGCCCAGCAAGGACCAUGCGCUGUUGAGCCGUCAACCCCAAAAAGCGAUGGGACUGUUCAACCAAGGAGAGCUGUAUCCUUAUCCAGCAGCCUUGGAAAAGGGACAACUUCUGGAUGAGCAGAAAUGCAGCCGGUCGCCGGAUUGCGAGGGUUCCCCUGCUCAGAGCGGUGCCGAAGGGGAUUCGGUUUCUUUGGAAAACGACUCUCCGUCAGGCAGCCAUUUCGGCGGCUGUGCGGAAGAGGAUGAAGCCAGUAGCACAGAGAGCGCUCAAAAUGGGCAUGAGGGUCUUCAUAGUGGAAGCGCUGGUGGUGAUCCUAAAGACGAGCAGCGUGCGGCUCUGAGCAAAAUCUCGGCUCUUGAAAACCGGCUCAAGGAGCUGCAUCAUCGGAAGAAAGAGCUGAAUAUAGAGAUGGACCUGGAAGGUGCCUUGUUAGAAGGCGAGCUGCAGGAAGAGAGGCAGGAGCUACGGCGGGAGGAAGAACGGCUGGUGGAACUGAAGGAACGUCUCGUCGAGACAGAGCUCAGGUGUCGUGAAGAACGCGAGAAGGAGAAGGCACGUCUACAACGAGAACGUCAGAGAGUAGAAGAGCUCCAGAGGCAACAUGCCGAGUCUCAGAUCCAUCUGAACAACCAGCCGGAAUCGAUGAGGGAACGAAUGCAGAAGCAACUACAGGAGACAUCUGAGAUGCUAGAAGGAGCCCUGAGAUGUUAUGAAGAUCUGGAAUUCCAACAACUAGAACGCGAAAGCCACCUAGAAGAGGAAAAAGAAGCCAUUUGUCGCGCCCUGACUGAAGAAAUCACCCAGUUGCAGAACAGCAUUAACCAAAGGAAGAAGACAGUGGAGAAGCUGGAAAGCCAAGCCCUUCUAACACAAGAACAAAUGGUGGGUGUGUGCCAGAGAUUUGCACAAGAGGAGGGAGAGGCUGUCAGCCAUCUCAAUGCGGAGAAAAGUCGCCUCAUGGAUAUGAGCCAGGAGUAUUCAGCGAACGGGGAGGACCUGUCAGAAAAUAAGGAGGGUGUGACCCAGCUGACUUUUACGCAAAAAACGGAUCGGAAGGUCAUUGUCUUGGGUUCCGACCAGUCGGACUCGUCCUCCUGUGUCUUCUCUGUCUGCAGUUCUGUCAAGGGUUCGAUUGGACUGCAGCGGACCGCCAGUCUACCUCGCAGGAGCAGGGAUCGCCUCCCGGCCCGCUCUCCCCAACGUCCCAUUUCAAUGCAUGGUGCUUUGGAUCCCAGUCUUCUGGUGGCUCAAAUCUCCAGCGGAAGCAACGGUCAUUAUCUGGGAAGUCCAAAGCUCCAAUUCUCACGUUACAACAAACCCCUUUACCAGCUGCUGGCUGGCCAGGCAGCUACCAGGCAGGUGGGAGGAACUUCUCAAGGAGCUUACAGCCUUGAAAACUGUGUCAGCAAACUGGCAGAGAUGGAACGCCGGGUACGGGAAGCCAUGGCGGAACGAGAACGAUUGCUGCAAGAAAGGGAAGCUAAGAAGGUAGCCGAGGAAGUGAAACGCAUCGAAUUGUCCCCUUCAAACAUGAUCCACAACCCCAUGGAGAUCCCGGAAUCUAAACCAGCUGCCUUUGACCUGCGCAAACAUCUGGAGGCGUCGGGGCAUAGCGUCGAGACCUGCCAGCACGUGAGGGUGACCAGCAAAUCUUGCAAGGGUUACCUGGUCAAGAUGGGCGGGAGGAUCAAGACUUGGAAGAAACGUUGGUUCACUUUUGAUCGCCAGAAGCGCGUCUUGGCGUAUUACACAGACAAAGAAGAGACCAAGCUUAAGGGUGUGAUCUAUUUCCAGGCCAUUGAAGAGGUUUACUGUGAUCAUCUCCGCAGUGCUUUUAAGAGUCCCAGCCCCAAACUGACCUUCUGCGUCAAGACCUAUGAUCGCCUAUUCUGCAUGGUGGCACCAAGUCCAGAGGCUAUGAGGAUCUGGAUGGAUGCGAUUGUCACAGCAGCCGAGGAAAACACUCGAUACUGACCAGGUUUUUCCGACGAAAUGGACUCUUUUAACUCCUCAGUUGGCGGGAAAUAGCCUUUCUCUCCCAAGGUUUUACUGGGGUAUCUCCUUCUAAGGGAAAAUUGACCACCAAGGGGAUCCAGCAGCCGAACUUGGAUGCUUUAAUGCUUGUUGGAGUCUAACUACCAUAUAGGGCUUGUUCAGUACCCAGAGCUGCAACUGUUGAUACUUGAAGAUGAUGGAUAGAUUGGAUGUUUUAUGGACCCAGCUCGGAAGACGUUUCCGAUCACGCAAUUUCUGGAGAAAACAGCAUUUUGGAAUAGCAGGCUAUUUGGCAUGGAUUCCAGCCAGUUGCAUAAAAAGAUAUGCAAUCUUAUUCCAGAGAAUUCAGAAUCUGCAAUUUCUCUGGAAGAUGCCCUUAACUCAAAAGAAAACACGAGACUUGUCUGGAAAGUAGAGGGGAUUUUAUUUUUAUUUUUUUUGCAAUGGCGUAAGUCAGUUGGCUGAUGGAAAAUGUUCUUGAGAGUUCUGUAGGACACUUUGAUCGGAAGUGCCGCUUUCCUC